AUGGAAACCCAGGACGAUAGCAUCGACCUUGCAAAGUUGCAACGCGACGCGUUGGGGCUAGAGCACGAUCCGUACCUUUCCAGAUCUACACAAAAAGGUAACGAGCCGAAUCACACUCUUUGUUACACAUCCCACAAAGUCAACGGUGCUUCCAAUGGUGACGGAGUGUGCAACGGCCAACAGUUACCUCCGAAAACACCAUCAAACCCAGCGAGCCUUGUGCACCAAUACCGACCCUCUUUGUAUCGACCUCGUCAGCAUGAACCACGCACAAUGAUGUUCAAUAAAAGUGGCAAUGAACCGGGCAUCGUACCAGGAUCGCAAUUCGGCAACAUGAGCUCCGCUCCUGGGGAUACCCAGGUCAUCUCUCAGUCAGUGUACGACAAGAUUAUCAGACAAAAUGGGGAGUCCAUGCAACAAGAUUAUACACAAACGGGAGCCGAUGGAGCGACAUUGAGAACACUGUAUGAGGGGGACAGUGGCCAUAUCGACCUGCUUUCCGAACUGGACACCGUGCACCACGGAACGAACCUCUCCCAAGAUGACGAUGACAACGACGACGGGAGCAAUUCCGAUCCGAACGAGUCUUCUCCAAUGGCUUAUGCACCCGAUUUAUUCCCCGAAUCGCAACGAUUCCUAGCAGAAACACCCGGAACAGUGGUGAAAAAAAAUGAGGCGGGUGGGACAGCAGAGACCCCGAGCAUCUCGCGGAAUCCCCUGGCUAGUGGCAUCGAGUCAAGUGGUGGGCUUCUUGGGCUGAGCCAGGUUUUCGGAGCUACCCAGGCCCCGUCGUCUCCCAUUGUCCACGGCCUGCAGACGGAGCUUGUAUCGGAUCGCCCGUCGCCCAAUAUCCCAAUUCAAUCCGCUCGUGUUGUCAAUGGUAUCUCGUCGCCUUUGAUGGGCUUGCCGGUUCAGUUCACGAGAGACUCAUCCGAACCGAAUAUGAACUAUAUAUCGAUGAAGGAAUCGCAGAAAAGGCGCGAUAAGACUUUGGGGGAGAGGUUGACUCGGUCGGCCGACAAUAUCCAGUCGGACCAGAGUGACAAGGAAUUCUAUAAAGAGUCGAGCUUUAUAGAACGUGCACGACGACAGCGAGAGAUUGACGAGGAAGCUGCGGCUCAAUUCGCCGGGUUGAGUGCUCCUGCCAGAUCUACAUCCAAUCUCUCCGCCAGACUACGGACUCCCUCCGAGCAGCCCGGUGAACAACAAGACCAGGAAAUGAUAGAAGCUGUUGCCAGCGAGGAAGAAACCGAACAAGAGGAAGAUAUGCAAGUGCCCAGGUCACAAGAGCCUCCUCAAUCUUCAGCCGAAGAAGAUAAAGAGAACUACGAGGGGCCUCCAAUGGAUACUGCUGCUGCCGCCGCCGCCGCUGCCAGUGCCCACGAUCGACUAUCUCAGGUACUUGGGUUUGAGCCGAUUCUCUCCCCAUCUCGCAUGCGAGUAGACGAGCAACCGGAUGAUGGCAUAGCUCAUGGAGGCUCUGGUAGUCAGCCGAACGGUGCUACAAGUUCUUCCCAGGCCAUGGUGAAAGACUCUCAACCAUCACCUCAGUCAUCGGCAAAGCUCAUAGAACCCGAAAUUACUAGGAAAAUUACUCAUCGGUCGCCUUCGCGUUCGCAUAUGAAUUCUCCUACUCGAGACCUUCCCUCCUCUCCCUGCUCGCGACCACAAUCAAGACAUUCGAACAGCCAUACUCAGAGAAAUGGCUCCGUAUCAAAUGAAUAUGCCAUCCAACAUGUUCAGACUACUGCUCUUAACGAGAAUAUACCAACAUACUCUAGCAACCCCUCGGAGCAGCAACAUCUAAACUCAUCGCAUUCCAGGGUGGAAGCGGGAACUUCGGGCAACUCAUCAUCGAUGCCAUCCCGUGUGGCUGAGACACCUAUGAAUCAACGUCUUAAGCAUCUCGGUGACAUGGCUCGAUUGACGAGUAUCCCAGAAACAAGUCCCAGUCACUCCCAGUGCAAUUCCGUGGCUGGGUCCAAUGGUGAUGGACUCAAUAAUGAAGACGACGAUCUUCCACCUAUGUUGUUCAAUGAAGUCCCCAGUAUUCGAAAUAAUCAUAUCCGCCCAGCCGGGGCAAGGGCACUCUCUUCGCCUCUCAAAAAGCUGUUGUCCAGUCCGGGCGGAGGCCAACGCAGGGCUUUGACAGAAAUUGCGGGAGAUCUUUCCCCGCAGGUCGGGGCUGGAGGAUUUGAUAUGGGUAUUGGAAUUUUCACUGCUGAGGAUCGAGAAUUCAAAGCCCUGAUCGAUGGAUCGCCGACUCGACCGAAGAAAAAACGGCGUGGCAACGAUGGCUCGAGUUACAUUGCCUCCGACCCUAUCAUACCUUUCACCCCUCGCACACAGCCCCCAAAAUCCGUUGCACCUAUUCGAGCAACACAAGAACGACCGGCUCCCAUUCCUGAAGUUCCAGAUUCGGAUGAUGUGCCUUUAGUGCAACUCCCCGAAAAAGCCGUACGAAGGCAAUCAAAGCCCCCGCGACGAGCCCCUGAGAAUGUUUGGGAAAUCGAGAGAUCGCCUGAGCAGCCCUUCCGCCAGAGAUCAAGAAUUGGCAAGACUUCUACCUCGAUGUCUACGCAAGGGAAGUAUGUCUCAGAAAAGAGAUCAGUACCCCCACCAAAGGUUGUCGUUCAUAGUCGACCACCACCUCCAUCGUCAGAGCUCACUGAGGUUUCAUCAACAAUUGCCUCGGAUGAUAUAAUUGAGUCAGAGGCGUACAGUGUCGAUGACUCGCCGACUACGCCUCGACCAUCUCACACCUUAUCGGAAAACACCGUGGUCGCUCCAAGUCAGGUUCUUUCUGUCUGGAUGGGUCAGAAACGCGCAUACUAUCCAGCGACAUGCUUUGGGACACCGCUAGGUGUAUCACAGGUUAAAUACUCUGUGAGGUUUGAGGACAGUCUUCCUAUUGAGGUACCGAAGGGUGCCGUUAAGAGAUUUGAGCUUCGCGUCGGAGACGCUGUCAAGAUCGAGAUGGAUAAUAUUCCAAAGGUCACUCAUGUCGUUCGGGGAUUCGACGACAAGCUUACUAAAGAAGAGUUGGCUAAAGCCGCUGACGAUGGCCUCUAUCCUAUAACCGACAUUUACGGUCAUACCACUAUCAUAGUCGGUCCCAAGCAACGCAAAAGUCUGCCAAAUGGAGGGAUGGGCAACGGCGAGAAUGUGAUUAAAGUACCUAUAUCUCGUGUCUAUCUUGAUACUAUCCUGUGGAAUCAACUGAAAGAUCGCGCGUUCACAUAUCGCCCGGCGCCUGUUCAACAAGAGAGCAUGGUCCAUACCCCAUCCGAAAGGUCAUCCGCGCCUGCUUCACCCAGUUGUCGCUUGUCCCGCAGCCUUCACCAAGGUAGCGGAAUCUUUGCUGGUAUGGUGUUUGCCGUAUCUUACAGGGAGGAUGAAGCAUCCAAAAAUCGUGUGACCAGGUUAAUCGUCGACAAUGGCGGCACUGUAUUACAUGAUGGAUUUACUGAGUUAUUCGAGCCUUCAACAAUUGUUUCUGUUGAUACUCCCAUCAAAGGUGGAGCCAAGGAUGCAGGUAUCAAUAGCAAGGGUCUCCGACUUACAGCUCUUGCUGAGGAAGUCGGCUUUGCUUGUUUAAUUGCCGAUACCUAUUCUCGGCGAGAAAAAUACAUGCAAGCACUGGCAUUGAACCUCCCAUGCCUGUCCGGGCGGUGGGUAGAGGACUGCAUCGCCCAAGGUCGCGUCCUUGACUGGGAUAUCUACCUCCUCCCAGCCGGCGACUCAAUGUACCUCAAUGGAGCGACAAAAUCUAGAGUCAUGGCUCCCAACCCUCCAUCCACAGCCCGCCUCACCGAAACCAUCUCCGCACGAAAAAAGUUGCUCGCAGGGCAAUCGGUGCUCGUUGUCAUGGGCCGUGGGAAGGUCGAGGAAAAGAGGAAAGCCUACAUCUUCCUGACUUACGCCCUAGGGGCUUCCCGGGUUGAGCGUGUUCCUGAUCUCGGCACGGCCAGCGCAUUAAUAGACUCGCAGUCUGAUGCCGGUCUGUCGACGGACUGGGACUGGAUCUAUGUUGACGAUGCAGAUCAAGCUGCUGCAAAGUCGAUGUUGACACCCAAACCGCAGACGCCGAGAAUUCACUUGUUCCAUGGGAAGAAGCGUAAGAGGUCGAUUGCAUCGUCCACUCCUACACCCCCUAAUGAGCCAAAAUGUACCGCGAGGGUUGUCGGUAAUGAGUUUGUUUGCCAAAGUUUGAUUUUAGGUCGCUUGUUUGAGGAGUGA